GUGCAAUGUAUAAUUAAAAUUGUAAUGAGAAAGCGGAUUUAUGUAAAAUAAAUCCGGAUCUUGAGAUUUAAAUGCCCGGCAUUAUGGGCAGUGUGAUUUUCUGAUAAUAUCAGUUGGCUCUGCUCUUCUAAAGGAAGCAGUGUGUCUUAAGGACAGCUGGGAGCACACAGAACUCUUUGAAUCUAUCUAGCCUAUAGCUCAGGAAAAAUGGUUCAUGAAGACAUCCUACUACCAAUGAUGAACUUUAGCACUGGGACAAUCCAGCCACCAAAGGUCCUAAUGCCAAGAAUUGGCUAUACAAUACUGGCAAUUAUAAUGGCGAUAUUCUGUACGGCAUCCCUCUUCCUGAAUAUUACAGUGAUUUUGGUGACAUUCAAGUUUCGUCAGCUAAGACAUCCCAUCAAUUAUUCUUUAGUCAACCUUGCAGUUGCUGACCUGGGAGUCACCAUAUUAGGAAGUCUCUUAACCGUAGAAACCAAUGCCGUCGGCUACUUUAAUCUCGGAAGAAUAGGAUGCGUCAUAGAAGGGUUUGCUGUGGCUUUUUUUGGAAUUGCAGCACUCUGCACAAUCGCUGUGAUCGCAGUGGACCGCGUGUUUGUGGUGUGUAAGCCUAUGGGUACCAUGACCUUUACCCGUAAGCAGGCCCUGGCCGGAAUUGCUGUUUCCUGGAUUUGGUCUCUCAUAUGGAACACGCCACCUCUGUUUGGCUGGGGUAGUUAUCAGCUGGAAGGGGUGGAGACCUCCUGUGCUCCAGACUGGUACAAUACUGACCCUGUCAAUAUGUCGUACAUCAUAUGCUUUUUCUCAUUCUGCUUUGCAAUCCCAUUUCUCACCAUCCUGGUCUCAUAUGGAUACCUCAUGUGGACUCUUCGUCAGGUAGCCAAGCUUGGAGUGGCAGAAGGAGGAACCACCAGCAAAGCUGAGGUCCAGGUCUCCCGCAUGGUCCUAGUAAUGAUCUUGGCAUUUCUCAUUUGUUGGCUCCCUUAUGCGGCUUUUGCAAUGAUGGUUGUGGCAAAUCCUGGCAUGUACAUCGAUCCAAUUAUAGCCACUGUGCCAAUGUACCUGACUAAAACCAGCACUGUUUAUAAUCCUAUUAUCUACAUAUUUAUGAACAAGCAGUUCCAGGAUUGUGUGAUCCCUUUCCUGUGCUGUGGAAGGAACCCAUGGGCUAAAAGAUCGGUGUCUUCAGCAGAGACAGUGACAACGAAAUUUGCCAGCUCUACUUCACGUAAAGACCAAGUGGCCCCUGCAUGACUUAUUGUUACAUGUAUGCCCCUGCUAAUCAUCAUCUACCUUCCUUCUAAAUGUAUUUCAUGUGGGCAUGUACAGCGCAAUAAUGAAUAAGAAUCCAUAGUGUUUAUUACUGUCCAAAAAAUGUAUGUAUUUAUAGCCCAAGCCAGGAUAAGGUCCUCUGGCCCCCAAGGCAAAGAUAAAGUCCAAAUGCAGCACUGAAGGUAGGAGAUAAAUAAGAAGAUGAUGGGUAGAUGGACAUAGGGGUCAAAUAAAAUCAAGCAUUGAGGUAUAUGUCACAUCCAGUGACUCCUGUAGGCAGCAUUAGCUUUCGCAUAGGCAGCAGGAAGAAAGCUCAGAGAUAUAAGGAUCCUCUUCAGAUUCCCAAUACUCGGUAAUGGAACAGCCUCCGAUUCCAGUGACAAUCAAUAGAAGCGAUAUGUGCCAUAAAAGAAAGACACGGAGGCACAUAGUGAAGUUCGCAGGGGCAGA